AUGGGAGGAGUUACCAGCUCUUGCUCGGAAACGGCCUGCUCGGAGUGCCGCAAGGACAGAGUCCCCAUGGACAGAAUCGUGAUCAAGAGGAUGAAGGAUCAGCCGCCUGGCUUGGUAUCGAUCCAAUUGGCAGAUCACAAGGAGGAGAGAAAGAAGGUCGACAAGAUGCGCGACGCUCUCACGAGCAAGGACAGGAGAGACGCUCUGUUGGCGGUCAUGGAGCCCAUGGCGCACAAGGAAAUCUUUGCUAUGAACAAGAACGAGUCGCCGAUGGCGCUGAUUGACCUGGAGCUCGAGGGACUUGUCACAUCCUUUGAGCCGUUUGAUUGCUUUGCGAGGUAUGCAGUGCUGCUGCUGCUGGUGGUGGUGGCGCUGAUGAUGGUGAUGGUGAUGGUGAUGGUGAUGGCGAUGGUGAUGGCGAUGGUGAUGGUGAUAUGUAAGAUUCGUUCGGUCAAUCAACUCUUUAUGUCGCUCUUCCGCCUCGACCAGACCAGCAGCAUCCCGACCAAGUUGACGAUCGGCGAGUUCUUCGGCCCAGCCACCAGCAUCCUCGACGUCUCGCGCAUGUGCAUGGCGUGCGAUCAGGGCAAGCAGCUGCGCGACGUCUCCCUUAUCCUCUACGACAGUCAGUCCAGGGGGAUCUCGGUCAAGCUAGACGCCAAGCCCAUCAGGCGUCUCAGCGGGGAGUUUUUCCUCUGCAUCAUCAAGUUUGAGUUCAUCGCCGUUGCUACCUACGAGUUCAUCAAGUACAGCGUCUCCCGCAACAGCUUUGCAAAGGCAGAUCCGAAGCUCACGACUGAGGAAGCACAAGAGUACGCGAAGACGGAGCAGCAGCAGGCGGCGCUGAUGAGGAGGAGAAUUCAGUUCCAGCGCUCCAUCGUGCGGGAGAGCCACGAGCAGAGGACGCGGGACCCCUUGACCAACCUUGAGGCUCAGCAGUACCGGACCACCAACAAAGCGUUUUGCUCCAGCGCCGUCCCUCAAACCCAGAUCAUUCGACAUCAGUUGGAUAUCAACAG